AUACUAUAUAUAUAUAUAUACACACACACACACACAUAACAUCAUGGCCCGCCAAAGACAGUCUCGCCGCUCUCCUUCUCCCGCUCCUCAAAGACGUCAAGCACAUACCGCUGCUCGCCCCCCUCCCCAACAGCAGCAUCAGCAGCAACCACAACACAGCAUGGCACCUACACAGCAAAACCCUCCUGCAGUCCAGCAGCAACAGUCUGGUCGACCUGGAUUGUUUGGUCAAAUGGCCUCCACUGCUGCGGGUGUAGCUGUCGGUUCUACAAUUGGACACACAAUGGCUGGUGGAAUUUCAUCAAUGUUUGGAGGAGAUAGAUCUGAACCUGUCGACCAACAGGGACAAAGUGCACCUCAAGAUUACCAGCAGAAUCAAUCUUACCCACAACAACAAAACUAUCAAGCAAGUACUCCAGGUGCAUCUGCUUGUGAGACUGAUGCCAGACAGUUUACAAAGUGCCUUGAACAGAACAACAAUGAUGUGUCGGCCUGCCAAUGGUACCUUGAAAACCUCAAGGCCUGCCAACAGAUGGCAUCAAAUUACUAAGAGUUUUCUUUUUCUUUAAAUAUUUAAAUAAACCAUUCACUUUGUAAAUAUGCACUCACAUUAUGUGAAGCAAAUUAG